AUGACGAGCCAACAAUCUGACAUGUCUUUUGCAAGAAGGACAGCCAAGAAUUCAGUAUCAGGGACGAUAUCUGGCAUAGCUGGGUGCAUAGUUGGACACCCGUUCGACACGUUGAAGGUUCGACUACAGACUCAGCCAGUUCAUGCUCCGAUUUAUAAUGGGUUGAUCGAUUGUUUCAUGAAAACCUUGAAAUGGGAAGGUAUUGGUGGUCUCUACAAGGGAGUUGGUUCACCAAUUGUUGGACAAAUGUUCUUCAGAGCAACUCUUUUCACAAGUUUCUACCAGCUGAAGACCAAAAUGCAGAUCCAAAUAAUCCGGGCGAAGAGCGGAGGGAUCGUACAGUACAGGAACGUCUUCCAUGCUGGUUACGUCAUCACGAAGACCCACGGUGUCAAGGCCCUCUUCCAGGGGCUCAUACCAACCAUCAUGAGAGACACGCCAGGGUGCGCCGCUUAUUUCGGUGAGGAGUUGUGGGGAGUUAUCGGAAUAAAUAAAUCCUUAAUGAGCGUAGGUUUCUACGAAGUCUUGAAAACUGUCCUCACCCCUUCGAACAUGUCCGUGGCCAACCCUCCAACCUGGUGCAUCUUCAUCGCCGCAGCAACGGGGGGUACGCUGUACUGGGUCAUCACCUACCCCAUUGACGUCAUCAAGUCCACCUUGCAAUCCGACGAGUCGGACAAAAAACAGAGAAAGUUCAAGGGUGUUGUUGACUGUGCCAGAAGAUUGUACCUGGAGGAAGGGGGCUGGAGGAGGUUCUUCAAAGGGUUCUCCCCGUGUCUCAUGAGGGCCAUCCCUGCCAACGUCACCAUGUUGUGGACUGUUGAGAAGUGUAGGAUCAUUUUGGAUCCAUACUUCUAG